CGCCGCCACCGCGGGAAAACCCUGAGGCAGCCCGAGCGCCCGUCCUCCUAGGCGAGCCGGCGAGAUGCCCCGAGUAGAUGCAGAUCUCAAACUGGACUUUAAAGAUGUCUUGCUCAGACCUAAGCGGAGCAGCCUCCGAAGCAGAGCAGAGGUAGAUCUUACUCGUACUUUCUUCUUUCGUAACUCCAAGCAAACCUAUACAGGCAUCCCCAUUAUUGUAGCAAAUAUGGACACUGUUGGUACUUUUGAAAUGGCACAAGUUAUGGCUAAAUACACCAUGUUUACUGCAAUACACAAACAUUACUCUCUAGAACAGUGGAAGCUGUUUGCAAGUGAUCACCCAGAAUGCAUAGAGCAUAUAGCAGUGAGCUCAGGCAGUGGGCUGGCUGAUUUCGAGAAGCUGAUAAGUAUCAUCGAGGCCAUCCCCCUUAUCAAGUACAUCUGCCUGGAUGUGGCCAAUGGUUACUCAGAACACUUUGUGGAAUUUGUGAAAGCUGUUCAUGUCCGGUUCCCAAAGCACACUAUCAUGGCAGGCAACGUAGUAACGGGAGAGAUGGUGGAAGAACUUCUUCUGUCUGGAGCAGACAUUAUUAAAGUAGGAAUUGGACCAGGUUCUGUGUGCACUACUCGGAUAAAAACCGGGGUUGGCUAUCCUCAGCUCAGCGCAGUAAUUGAAUGUGCAGAUUCCGCUCAUGGACUGCAAGGACAUAUCAUUUCUGAUGGAGGAUGCAGCUGUCCAGGAGAUGUGGCCAAAGCUUUUGGAGCGGGUGCUGAUUUUGUGAUGCUGGGGGGCAUGUUUGCAGGACAUGACCAAAGUGCUGGAGAUAUUGUAGAAAAAAAUGGUAAAAAAGUGAAGCUUUUCUACGGAAUGAGCUCUGACACUGCUAUGAAGAAGCACGCAGGAGGUGUUGCAGAUUACAGAGCUUCAGAGGGCAAAACAGUGGAAGUACCCUACAGAGGAGAUGUAGAAAAUACCAUCCGUGACAUCCUGGGUGGUCUCCGUUCUGCUUGUACCUACGUGGGAGCUGCCAAACUCAAAGAGCUUAGUCGAAGGACAACUUUUAUUCGGGUAACUCAGCAGCACAACACAACAUAUUCUUAGCCAAAGAAGAAAACCCCGGGCCUUUGGAGAUGUGAAAUUUGCUAUGUUCUGUUUCUCCUCCACUUCUUUUAUUUAUUUUGCAGGAUGGGGAGGUGAUUAUAUUCCCAACUAGGAAAGAAGCAGGUUGCUUAAUACCACUGAUUGUUGUAGUAGUGGUUGGAGUCGGGCCUAGUGAGAACAAGCCAUAAACCGCUUCUGGGUCCAUGGUUAUGGUUUUGUUCAGAAUUGUUCAGUGGCAUUCUUUUUAUAUCCUUGUCUAUUUAAGUAAGAAAUCUAGAUCGAUCUUUCAGAACAACCGAUGAGAGGGACUUAGAGGUCCAUUCAUAAAGUAUUUGUCCCUUGGAUCUGCCAUUACUAGAAAAAGCAAAGCUAUUCGGGGUUUUAUAUUUAAAAGUUUCAACUGCUCCUGCAAUGUGUGGUGAAAGUCAGAAGAACAGGAAAGCAACUCCGAAGCCCAGAAAAACCCUCACUGCAUGGAUACUGCUCCAGCAUGCCACCUUGGAAUAGCACUUACAGAAUUAAAAAAAAAAAAGCUGUCUUAUUUUCACAGAAGCAUCAAGUGUUCAAUUUUUAAUGUGUGCUGAUUAUUAUAAAGUUCU